GAAUGAUGGCCUUUUUUGCAGUUGGCUGAAGUGUCUGAAGCGGGGUGGCUGUUUCGGAUUUCGGAUAACGCGUUGCAAUCGUUUCUUCGCGUAUGUAUUUAUAAUUUAUAUUAAAGUAAUAGAAAAACACAGUGCGAAACGUUUUUUUGUCACGGAUGAAGGAAAACAUGAGUGUAAUUUUGUGGCUGCUUCUGAUCGUCGGAAUUUUGGAGUCGUUCGCCGCAGAAUGGAACACAAAGGAUUACAUGAAACGAGAACAUUGUCUGAUCAAGCCGUAUCAAGGCACAGGUAUGACAAUACCUUAUUGGGACUUUAUGGGAAGUACAAUGGUAACUAAUAAUUAUAUCAGGAUAACACCUGAUUUACAAAGUAAACAAGGUGCCUUAUGGAAUUCUAUACCAUGUCACGUACGAAACUGGGAAUUGCAAGUUGAGUUUAAAGUGCAUGGAAAGGGAAAGGAUUUAUUUGGAGAUGGUUUUGCAAUUUGGUAUACCAAGGAAAGAAUGAAGCCAGGUCCAGUAUUUGGAAAUCAAGACUAUUUUCAAGGAUUAGCAGUAAUACUUGACACAUACAGCAAUCAUAACGGUGCACAUAGCCAUCAACAUCCCUAUAUCUCAGCAAUGGUCAAUAAUGGAUCUCUACAUUACGAUCAUGAUCGCGAUGGCACUCAUACACAACUCGCAGGAUGCGAAGCAAAGUUUAGAAAUGUAGAACAUGGUACACAUAUAGCUAUAAGAUACGAGAAAGAUACCUUAACUGUUUCAACAGAUAUUGCCAAUAAACUAGGAUGGAAACAAUGCUUUCUAGUGGUUGAUGUUAAACUUCCAACAGGAUAUUAUAUCGGAAUCUCCGCAACCACUGGUGAUUUGUCUGACAAUCAUGAUAUACUGUCAAUUCGUUUGUUUGAAUUAGAUCUACCAGAUGAUCCUAAAGAUCAAGAAGACAGGUCUCAAAUUGUGCCAUCAGCAGCGUUCUACGAUGCACCAAGAGAACGCGUGGAAGAUGCAAAACAAUCUGGCAUGAGUGGUAUAAAACUUUUUCUAAUCAUGUUAAUUAGUGCACUCAUAUUAAUAGCCUGUGUUGUCAUUGCCAUUAUGUUGUACCAGAAACACCAGGAAAAUAAUAGAAAGCGUUUUUACUAAGUCAGUUUUCUUUUAAGAACAGCAUGUAUGUCUUGAGCGUCAUAAUUUACCGAUUUCUCUUUUAUCCGGAAUCCUUUGUACAUAAGAUAUAUAGAUUAUAAAAAGCUUACAAGACUGUCUUCUUUCCUCUUUUUUUCAAAAAUUAGUAUAAAUCCUAGCAUAAAUUUAUUACAUAAAUGUUUGUUGCAAGAGUAAAAGUUUUCGGGAUAAAGGAGAAAUGUGUAUGUAUGCAAAUAUUCUAACAAUUCAAACAUUUGCAGAAUAUUGUCCCAAAAUGUUGACAUUAAAUUGAUUGUCAAUUGUCAUUAAUUGGAUUUUAAUGUAUGCUUAUUUAAUUUUAUUAUAUGUACCUAAAAAUACAUAUUUAUUCUAUAAUUCUUAUAAACCAAAGUUAUUAUUUCUCACAAGAUAUCAUGAGGAAUGUGACAAAACAAUUUCUUAUAUACUUGAUUUGUAAAAAAGAUAUAUUGGGUAGAGAUAACAAUGAACUUGAAUGUAUGAUAUGUGUACAUUGUUAACUAUUGUAUAUUAGAAAGAUCUUGGCAAAACUCAUGCACAUUAAUUUCAAGACCUUUGCCACGACAUAUUUUUGUUCCGAAAAUUUUGUCCAAAUCGGAAUGUAAGUUAAUUCUAAUAUAUUCAAUGAUUUUUUAAAUGUUUAAGGAAAUACAUCACAAAUAAAAAGAAUGUUUCCUGAAGGAAACGAAAAGAUUUUUUUUUUUUUUUAGGUAAUUAUUU